GAUCUCAUGGCGAUGGACUCGGAGGGAACCAGUGACCCAUACGUCAAACUCAGGCUGGGUGCCGAGAAGUACAAGAGCAAGGUACAGGACCGCACGCUGACGCCUCGCUGGCUGGAGCAGUUCGACAUGCACCUGUACGACAGCGGCUCGCAGAUCCUCGAGAUUGAGGUGUUCGACCACGACGCGCGCAGCAAGGAUGAUUUCAUGGGAAAGACGACGGUGGACAUCUCGAAGCUGGAGCGCGAGAAGACCCACCGUCUGUGGUGUGAGCUGGAGGACGGCGCCGGCUCUGUGUUCAUCCUGCUGACCGUGUCCGGCAUGACCAACGUGGAGACCAUCUCGGACCUGCUCACCUACCAGGAGGACCCCGAGCAAGUGGACACCAUCCGAAAACAGUUUAACCUGCGGAACACGCUGAAGCAGGUGAAGGAGGUUGGCCACCUCACGGUGAAGGUGUUCAAGGCCAUGGGUCUGGCGUCGGCCGACAUUGGCGGCAAGUCGGACCCUUUCUGCGUGUUGGAGCUGGUCAACUCGCGUCUACAGACGCAGACAGAGUACAAGACCCUGUCGCCGCAGUGGAAUAAGAUAUUCUUCUUCAACGUGAAGGACAUCCACAGCGUGCUGGAAGUAACUGUGUAUGACGAGGACAAGGACCACAAGGUCGAGUUCCUCGGGAAAGUGUCCAUCCCUCUGCUAAAGGUAAAGACUAAUCGAAGACGAUGGUACGCGCUCAAAGACAAAAAGCUGCUGGGCAGAGCUAAGGGCAACAACCCUCAAGUGAUGCUGGAAAUGGACUUAGUCUGGAACCCGGCACGGGCAGCGAUUCGCACGUUCAACCCGCGCGAAGAGAAGUACACCAGGCCAGAACUCAAGUUCAAGAGGGCAGUCUUCAUCAGAAAUGUCAACCGGCUCAAGGAGAUGGGCGCCGGCUUUGCCGAAGGAGCAAAGUUCAUCAAGAGUAUUUUCGACUGGGAGUCGAAACCACGGACGAUAGCGGCCUUCUUCGCCUUCAUGCUGGGCGCCUACUCGUUCGAGCUGUACAUGGCGCCGGUCGCACUCCUGGUCGUCUUCUUCAAGGGCUGGGUGGUGAACCUCGUCACCGCCGGCUUCCGUAGCGCCGACGACGACGACUACGUGGCCGACGACGACGACGAAGAUGACGACAAGGAUAAGGACGAGAAGAAGUCGUUGAAGGAGAAGCUGAUGGCGGUGCAGGAGGUGACGGCCAUGGUACAGAACAUCCUCGGCUACAUCGCCUCGCUCGGCGAGUGUGUCCAAAACACGUUUAACUUCACGGUGCCGUUCCUCUCGUGGCUGGCCGUGCUGGUGCUCUCGGUGGUGGCCGUCGUGCUGUACAACGUGCCCAUCCGCUACCUGGUCAUGCUGUUCGGCGUGCACAAGUUCUCCAAGAAGCUGCUGCGCCCCAACGCCAUCCCCAACAACGAACUGCUCGACUUCCUCUCGCGUGUGCCCGAUAACGAUCAGCUGCGCCAGUUCCGCGAGCUGCGGCCGGCGCAGGUGACCGACGCUGAGCGGCGCCGCGAGCAGCGCAUGAAGCAGUCGCAGAAGAAGACGUCCUAGGACGCCGCCGACGUCACCGCAUCUCGCCGUUCGUCAUCGUCAUCAUCAUGCUGUCGCCAAUUGUUGUGGCUUCCAGUCCGGGGCUCGCGGAUCCUGGCACCUUUGUUAGGCUGAAGUUUUAUCCACUCAUUGCUCUCUUGCCAGUGGUCUGUAGGCAUUGCGUUUGUGUGGAACGAGUGGUACGUCUCAGAUCAAAGGAUGAGUGGACGUAAUUGCUCGCAGAGUGCAUUUUAAGUGUUUCAUUCGAGUGCAUUUUUGUUACGUCCAUGUACUUACAUAUACCAUAUCCGUUCAUUUUAUCUAUUAGCCAGUUUUGGUUAGUCUCCUGGGUCUGAGAGCGGCAGUAAGAAUU